AUGAUAGAAACAAGAAAUAUAUUAUUAAUAGGUCGUACGGGUAAUGGCAAGUCGGCCUUAGCCAAUGUAAUAAGUGGUACUAGUAAGUUUAAAGAAAGUGAAUUUGUAAACAGUGAGACAAAGGAUGUUCAAAUCGAAAUAGUCGAUAUAGAUGGAAUUAAUUAUAAAAUUGUUGAUACGGUUGGUCUUGGGGACACGGAAUUAACUAUGCAACAAGUUUUGAACAAAUUAGCUGAUGCGAGUCAUGUUCUUAGAAAGGGAUUAAGUCAGGUGCUAUUUGUUACCAGCGGUAGAUUUACAGAGGAAGAAUUAAUUGCUUUUGAUUUACUAAGGACAGUUCUUUUUGAUGAAAAUAUUGUCAAUUACACUACAAUAGUGCGAACUAAAUUUCCUGGUUUCCGCAAGCCUGAAAAGUGUGAAGAAGAUAAAAAACGAAUGGAAAAUGAUAAAAGAACUGAGGUCGUGAAACUAUGUAAUAAAUUCAUCCACGUGAAUAAUUUGUCAGAAGACGAAGAUCCGGAGCAAAAAGCUCGAGAGGAUUCAAGAAUAAUUCUAAGAACUCUUUUGAGAACUUGCCAAGAUGUAUAUAAGCCAAAAAAUUUGGAUGAAAUGAACGAGAGGAUCAGAGGCUACAUGACUGAAAAAGAAAAAAUGAUAAAAGAAAUGGAAGAGUUAAGAAAUAAAGGACAAUUAAGCGAGGAAGAAUUGAGAAAGCAUCAGAAAAAAAUCGAAUCUUUGGAAAAAGAAAUCGCCUCAAAGGUGGCUCAACCGGUUCAAGAGAAAAAUCCUGGUUUCUUUGAAAAAGUAGGAGCUUGGGUAGGUGAAGGUUUUACUUUGGCCGGUGAAGGAAUAGAUAAAGUAUUAGAAAACCUUUUAAUUCAACCUAUCAAAAGGUGUAAAAUAAUGUAA